AUGUUCGAGACUAUUAGAAAAAUUUUGAUGCAUCGAUUUCGUGUUAGGAAGGAAACUGCAGUGUUGAAAUGGAAGGGUCGUUUCUGUCCUAAAAUCCAGAAAAAGCUAGACUUGGCUCAGAAAGCUAGCUUCACUUGUAAUGCCAUUCAGAGUGGUCCACAGAAGUUUGAGGUUUCAUGUCGUCAAGGUCAGGUUGUUGUGGAUGUGAGCAAAUCCAAAUGCACUUGUCGGAUGUGGGAAUUAACAGGUUUACCUUGCCCUCACGCCAUACGCUGCAUAUGGCAACUCUCGAGAAGGGUAGAGCAGUAUGUGGACAAGUGCUAUGAGAUUGGAACUUACCUUGCAGCUUACUCUAGUGAGGUGGAACCAAUGGUAGGGCCAGAAUAUUGGUUGCCAAGUGGGAAGGAGCCUGUGUUGCCACCAUAG